UCACUUAUACUGGGGUACAGAGGAGAACCGCUGCGUAGAUAUGAAGCCAGAGCGGCUCGCGCGAGGCGCACCGACACUUCAAACUGUCUUUGAGGUACUGCGCGAGGCACGUAGGAGGCAAUCAGCUCGCAAACUGAGAUGCUGUGACUAAAACGGGGGAAACACGGAGGGAGACGGACGACAAACUGUUUUCAGACAGUAUACUUCUUUUUAGUGCUUUGACAUACUCGGAAAAUUUCGGCAUGCCUCUGAUUCUUUAUUAAGCCGAUUUUCUCCACUCAGGAAUGUAACAACGACACAGCUACAUCAGACUCCAUCAUGUAUCAGGGUAGUUGGUGCGCAUAAAUUCUUUUUGCAAACUUGUGAAAACUGUGAGGGGAAACUGGCACAUCGCCGCGCGCUGCUGCGUGCUCUCUGGAGAUUUAUAUUUAAAGCCUUGCGCUCCGUGGAGGCUUGUGCAUCUGGGUAACCUAGAUUUAAGCUUUCCAAUAUAUUUGUUUUGUAAGCACUUGUUAAUAAUUUAUAACGUUUUUAUUCCUGUUUUGAACUUUAGAAUGUGUAAAAUGUUAAAACUGAAUAAUUGUUACUCUAAUCAUUUAUAGAAGCACAAUAUUGCGCUGCUUUUUCAUAUUGGAAAUUGAUCGAUCUGUGGCACCAAAGCUUGUAUUUCUACAUUGGUUCUGGGCGUUUUUGUUUGUUUUGUUUUAGUUUUCCCCUCACAUUAGCUGUCGUAUAUUUAAAAAAAAAAAAAAAAAAAACUUUCUGAAGUUUAUAAUUUAUCGACAGAGCUGUAAAUUCUAUUUUAUCAGAACCGUAAAUUAUACUUAAAUAAAUGUAAUUUAUCCGACAUCAAAUUUAUUUGAUGCCUGCCUUUUAAAUCAAGUUGCAGGUUUCCAUUAUUAUUCCAUAACACAGAUGACGCUUAUUCCAAAUUUGACUCAAAGUAAUAAACUAUCAACACUCGACGAGAUGUGACAUUACAGUGGCUGACAGAAUCUUUAGCUCAGUAAACCAUGUAUUCAUUCGUUUAUACGUACGUUUAUUUAUUUAAUUUAAACCAAACAUAUUUUACUAAGUUCUUAGAAGAGAAAAAAUAAGCAGCCAAACAAGAUUAUGCAAAAAAAAAAUUCUGACCACAUUCGGAUUACUGAUAGAGACGAUUAGUCCACGUGCACGCUCAGUUGCAGCGCUUUGGCAGUCAUGGCAAGCGCGUGCUCUACCGGCACGGGUCUGCAUGGCCACAACAUUAACGGCACCGGAGUCACGUCUUCACCGACUUGUAACCAGAGCAUGAUAAAACUCCCUCCGUACACUCCAGAAGCCACAGCAGCCUUUGCAACAGCCAUCACGUUGAUGAUUCUUUUUACAAUUGUUGGCAAUAUUCUGGUCAUUAUCGCUGUGUUAACCAGCCGCUCGCUUAGAGGACCCCAGAACCUCUUCUUGGUCUCCCUUGCAGCCGCGGACAUUUUGGUGGCCACCCUCAUCAUCCCAUUUUCACUGGCCAAUGAACUGAUGGGCUACUGGUAUUUCCGCUCUGUAUGGUGUGAGAUUUACCUGGCGCUGGAUGUGUUGUUCUGCACUUCCUCUAUAGUACACCUGUGCGCCAUCAGUUUAGACCGCUACAUGUCUAUCUCACGUGCCGUCACGUACGGCGCACAGCGGACGCCCAAACGCAUCAAAUGUGCCAUUUUGGUGGUGUGGCUGAUCUCAGCAGUCAUCUCCUUCCCACCGCUACUCUCCAUGAACAAGAACAAAGGUGGCGCCGAUUCAGGAGGGCUGCCACAGUGUCAGCUCAACGAUGAACGCUGGUACAUCCUGUACUCUACUAUCGGUUCCUUCUUUGCUCCUUGUCUGAUUAUGAUCUUAGUUUACAUGCGGAUCUACCAGAUCGCCAAGCAGCACACGAGAUGUCCACCAGGGGAGCCCUGCAAAGAGGUCCCAGCCAUUGCUGCAAGCCCUCAGCACAAGGUCUACACGGAGGGUCUACAAAAUGGAAGAGGAGAUGAAACACCCUCUACCUUGCAGAAAAAAACCAGGCCUCCAACUCUGGCCGUAUACCAAGUGGAGUCCGCCCAGGAAGCGGCUAGCCCCCCAAUCUCCAACAAACAUCUGCAACCCCCUUUGACAACCCUGACGCCGACCACACCGUGCCCUUCCCCGUCUCCUUCGAAUUCAUCCGAAAUGGCUCCUAAUAAACCUAAAGAGGGGAAAAAGGCGAAGAAGACCAUGAAACAGCCUGACAAUAAUAACGGAGAGAGCAUGAGCUCGGACUCGGACACCGAGCAAGGUGGAAGGGGGUUAGGGGUCCCUUGCACCCCAGGUGUGACACCCAGUGGCAUCCAUUCUCCCGCCACCAUCCAGAAAUACAGAGACAUGAUUGCCACCGCCAAAGGUGCCAAGCUAGUGACCCGGAAGAUGAAGCAGGAAGGAACGCCCAACUCCGCACGGCGCAAAGCAAUGGUGAACCGAGAGAAGCGCUUCACCUUUGUGCUGGCAGUGGUAAUUGGCGUCUUUGUCAUCUGCUGGUUCCCUUUCUUCUUCUCGUACAGCCUACAGGCUGUGUGCCCGGAGACCUGCACCCUGCCAGAGCCGCUCUUUAAGUUCUUCUUCUGGAUCGGCUACUGCAACAGCUGCCUCAACCCGGUCAUCUACACCAUCUUCAACAAAGACUUCCGCAGAGCCUUCAAAAAGAUUCUCUGCAAGAACACUAAAGGCACAUUCUUCUGAAGCUCCUGAGGUGGAUCAUCUCCUCAGACAACAAAUAUGCGGUUAUUCAGAACAUGGACUAAAAGAAGCACAAUAACGGUGCUGUUGUGAUGUAAAUGAAGGGCUUUUUGUGCUGCCCGGUGAACUGAGGACACCAUGCUACUCAAGUGACUCCAGGUUACCGCCUCAGGCAUUGGAUUCCUGGUAUUUGUUUUAUAAAAUGGAGCAAAUCCAAAAAUAUUCAUAGACUUUGACAAAUCAAGUCUGAACACAAAAUAACUUAGGGGGACAAUUGCACACCUGCAAGGACAAGCGACAUGGAGGUCAGUUACAAAGGUCAUUGUAUUUUUUUUCUAAGAACACCAGGCCUUAGAGAUACUACAAACAUGGUUUUCACUAAGGAUUUCAGAGGUACACCAUUCAGAAUCUUUAUGUACAGCUUUUCCAUGCUGAUUGGUCUACCAAUGCCUACACAGCAUCACUUCUGAGGAACAAAGACAUGAAAUACUCCUGUGGAAAUCCUUGCCAGGGGCAAUGUGUAUGAAACGAGCCGACGCAAGUUUCUCCGAUCGAACAUUAAGGCUUCUUGUUACAGAUCCCCCCUAGAUUUUCUUCCAAGCUAUGAUGUAGAAAGGCUCUGUGAAUACAGAACACCUGUCAUGGAUGGACGCCUUUCUGUCUCUUUGCAUCUUGGACUGGUUGCCAGCAGGCUUUAAGAUAACAAAAUGUUUUUUAUGGGAACUUAAGAUAUGUAUUCAUAUCAAAAGUCAUUUUCAUUUUUAAUAUGAUAAGACUCUUUGAGUCAUCCAAAAUGACUUUAGACUUUGGUGACUGUAUCAGAUGACACAAACCUCCUGAUUUUAACUGGAGGUGCUCUUUCUGACUUGUUUCAGCACUUUGCUUUGUAUAAAAGAACAAAAUGAUCAUUUGUUGGUGUACACUGAUCUACUGCACCCUAAAUGUCUGAGCAUUCAGCAGGGUGAUACUUUGGGACUAAGGGCUGAUAGCAGUGAUGCUUUCUAUUUCUUUGGUCAUUGUCUUUUUGCUAAUGAUCCCCGUGUGUGUGUGUGUGUGUGUGUGUGCCGAGCAAAUGUUGCGAAUGGGUAUGUGUUGUGCCUGACUGCAGUGUAUGUUUGGAAAUGGAUGCUGUGUGCGAGAGGGUGUGCGAAUGCUGUCGUGUGGAGGUUUAUUUGCGUGUAUGAGUUCACAUCCCUCCCCUGAUUCCACUGGCACCAGUUCAACUAUAUAUGUAUGUGCUUUUAAAUGUGGCUGGUUCGCCAUAUCUGCCAGUGCUUAUGAUUCAGCUACUUCUUGUGCCAAUGCUUUUACAUGUUUUGCUGCUAAACUCAUUUAAUAUCUUCUUAAACCAGAGUUUUUUUCAAAAGAAUCUUUUUAUUGCAGGUCAUUUUGAACAAAUAAUUUUGAGACAAUUAGAAAAUGAGUCAAAUCUAAGAUGAAAGCUGUAAAUUAUUAUUAUGUGAAUGAUUUUGUAUUUAUUUAUCCUGCUAUUUCCUAUUGUUUCCCCCCUCUAUAUAUUUUAAAAUUUUUCCCCAAGGGGAAAACAGACACAAGGAGUUCAGUUUUAGCUACAACAUGAUUCAAAAUCCUUCUACUGUACUUUUUUUUUUUUUUGUAUGAUUUUUUUGUAUGUGUCAGGACAUUGCAUUUGGGCUGCAUUCUCAAAAGCUUUGCUAUUGACGGGAUCCUGGUAACUGUAUCCAUUUUGCCUCCUGGCCUCCUCUUUCUUCAGUGUAAUGCUGUUGGUUUUCUGCUGCUCUUGAAAAAUAAAACCGCUGAGCUGUGU